UUGGCAGUGCCGGAUUGUAAAUUACAAGUUUUAUUCCACCUUUUGGGAUUCUUACACAUCCCCAUCUUAUCCGUCCAUCAGUCCAGUAUGUCGCGAUGAAGUUUCUGCGUUCCUCCGCCAGCUCCUCGAUCCGCAGCUCCCGAUGGUGUCGCCAUGCGUCCUCGAAUCCGCGCUACGACUACGACUUGGUGGUGCUCGGCGGCGGCUCGGCAGGAUUGGCCUGCGCCAAGGAGGCGGCGGACUGCGGCGCCCGAGUGCUGUUCGACUUUGUGAAGCCCACUCCAGCGGGCACCAAGUGGGGCAUCGGCGGCACCUGCGUGAACGUGGGCUGCAUCCCCAAGAAGCUGAUGCACCAGGCUUCGCUGCUGGGCGAGGCGGUCCACGAGGCGGUGGCCUACGGGUGGAACGUGGACGACCAGAACCUCCGGCCCGACUGGCGCAAGCUGGUGCGCUCCGUGCAGAACCACAUCAAGUCGGUCAACUGGGUGACCCGCGUGGACCUGCGCGACAAGAAGGUGGAGUGUAACUCAGUGGGCUCCUUCCUCGACAGCCACACCAUCGAGUACGUGGUCAGGCCCAACGAACGCCUCCAGGUGACCUCGGAGUUCGUGGUGGUGGCCGUGGGUGGACGACCCCGCUACCCGGACAUCCCCGGAGCCCUGGAGCUGGGCAUCACCAGCGACGACAUAUUCAGCUACGAGCGGGAGCCGGGUCGCACCCUGGUCGUGGGCGCAGGAUACGUGGGUCUCGAGUGCGCCUGCUUCCUCAAGGGCCUCGGCUACGAGCCCACCGUGAUGGUGCGCUCCAUUGUGCUGCGCGGCUUCGACCGCCAGAUGUCCGAGUUGCUGGCGGCCAUGAUGACCGAGCGGGGAAUCCCCUUUCUCGGCACCACCAUCCCCAAGUCCGUGGAGCGGCAGGAGGACGGACGGCUGCUGGUGCGGUACCACAACACCACCACCCAAACGGACGGCAGCGACGUCUUCGACACGGUGUUGUGGGCCAUCGGACGCAAGGGUCUCAUCGAGGACCUCAACCUGGCGGCCGCCGGAGUGAAGACCCACAACGAUAAGAUAGUGGACGCCGCAGAGGCCACCAGCGCACCCCACAUUUUUGCCGUGGGGGACAUUAUAUAUGGGCGGCCGGAGCUCACGCCGGUCGCCAUCCUGGCGGGACGCCUGCUGGCCAGGCGCCUCUUCGCCGGAUCCACGCAGCUGAUGGACUACGCCGACGUGGCCACCACUGUGUUCACGCCACUCGAGUACAGCUGUGUCGGAAUGUCCGAGGAAACGGCCAUCGAGCUGCGCGGAGCCGAGAACAUCGAGGUCUUUCACGGCUACUACAAGCCCACCGAGUUCUUCAUUCCACAGAAGAGCGUGCGCCACUGCUACCUGAAGGCCGUGGCCGAGAUUUCCGGCGACCAGAAAAUCCUGGGCCUGCACUACAUCGGCCCAGUGGCCGGCGAGGUCAUCCAGGGCUUCGCCGCUGCCCUCAAGUCGGGCCUGACUGUCAAGACCCUGCUGAACACUGUGGGGAUCCACCCCACCACCGCCGAAGAGUUCACGCGCCUCUCCAUCACCAAACGAUCUGGACGGGACCCCACUCCAGCUUCCUGCUGCAGUUAGUCCGGUGCUUACUUGUUAAGUGUUUUGUGGUAGUGAAUGAAGUACUACGUUUCCAGGCAUUUGUAAUUAUAGCGGGCAUCUGAUACCCAACACACUCAAGUAUGCCGUUUCUAGUUGUCUACUUAACAAAUUUAAUAACAAGGACUUAAAAAUGCAAAUAUCUUGCGAUGUAUAAUAAUAAGC